AUGAAAAAUAUCAACUUCCGCUUUUUAUACAGAGAGAAAGGAAUCGCGAUGCGAAACUUGCAUGAUGAUGGAAUCCCUCGAUGCACCUGGCUCGAUCGUAAUCGAUCCCGACGAAAUGGUGAUGUCAUCAUACCUCUGAAACAAAUACGCCAGAAAAACAGCCGCCGUCAUCGGCACCGCCUCCGCAGCAGCACACUGCUUGUUCGAAACACUCGGGCCGCCCGACCCGCUUUGCGGCCCGUUCGACCAGAACAGAUACUUCAACAACUCAUCACCUCCAUUCCUCUUGCUAAACCUGUCAAAUACAAACGUCUCGGGAUUUUCAAACACUCUUGGAUCCUUCAUCACGACCGGCUGAUAACCGCACAAAAGCUCCCCUUUCUUUAUCCCGUAAACCUUAUCGUGCGAACUCAGGUCGAAAUCUUUCCGGGCCCGCGCGAACUGCGACGGGACGGGCGGGCUCAAACGCAAAGUCUCGUAAACGAACGAUCCAUCUCCUUCACCGUCUCGAAACCGAGCGUUUUUUUUCCACUCGAAAGCUUCUCCCGAACCUCCUUCCGCAGCUCGUCGUGCGCGUUUUUUUGCGCACCGAGAUUGGACAAAAGAGUCGGGAGGAAAAUCGAGAAGCCCCCGAAAGCGUUGAAGCCCAAGAUAAAGAGUAGGUUGUGGACGGCCUCGUCUUCGGUUAGACCGAAUUCGGUUUGGGCCCGCGAAACUGUUUCGCGGGCCUCGGACCUGACGAAGCCCGAUAGCUUGGUAGGUGAAGGAGUGGAGGAAGAUUUCUUCGAGUGGCUGCAAGAUGUUGAUGCUGAUUGUGGGGAGGAGUUGGAGGGCGAGCCACUUGUCGAGCAUUAUGUGGCCGGAUUUUUGGAUUUCCGGGACAGAAGUGGGGUCGGCGUCGAGGAGGCAUCGGGUGAGGAAGGAGAAGAGGAACUGUUGGAGAGGGAUGAAGUAGCCGAGAGUGCCGACGGGACCUGA